AUGGCAAAUCGUCACUUUACUGGCCGUGAAUCCACACUGAAUGAGCUCAAACAGAAGCUGUUUAUCCAAGCGAGCACUGAAAAACUAGCCCUAUUCGGACUAGGGGGCAUUGGGAAAACCCAAGUUGCUCUUCAACUUGCAUACUGGGUGAAAGCAAAUGUCCCAGACUGCUCAAUUUUCUGGGCUCCUGCCUUGAGUCUCGAAACCUUCGAGCAGGCAUGUUGGCAAAUCGCCAAAGAGUUCCAAAUUCCUCGGAAGCCAGAUGAAAGUGCGAUGGAAUUGAUACGCCGGCACUUAAGCUCUGACAAAGCGGGAAAGUGGCUUUUCAUAGUCGAUAAUGCAGACGACAUAGACUUGCUUUUCGAUGAGCUUCAUCAGUAUUUCCCGACUGGUGGCCAGAAUGGUGUAACUUUGCUCACAACCCGUUCUCGAGAAGUAGCGGAGUUAUUCGCAGAAACGGACACUGUUCAGCUCAAAGAGAUGACGGCCGAGGAAGGGAUUGAGUUCCUUGCCAAGAUCAUUGGGAAAGAUUCUCUAUGUAGCCGAGAAUCUGCUACGCAACUACUAGAGGAGCUUAAAUUGCUCCCUCUAGCUAUUGUACAGGCAGCUUGCUAUAUUCGUCGGAAUAACGGAACAACCAUACGAUACCUUGAGCUCAUGCACAAGACCCAAAAAGACCGGAUGCGUCUAGCGAGUAGGGAUUUUCGCGAUAUUACUCGCUACCGAGAGACACGAAAUGCAGUGACUGCCACAUGGCUUAUCUCAUUUGAUCAGAUCAAAAGCUCUGAUCCUCCCGCCGCGGGUUUAUUGGAAUUUAUGUCUUACCUUGAGCCAAAGGCAAUCCCACGAUCACUUCUCCCUACACUCGAUUCGGAAGAAGAGAUGGAUUUUGCAAUUGGUACACUGUGUGGCUAUGGGUUCCUGACCAGGAGAGAUAAUUCGGAUCAGGAUAUAUUUGACAUCCACAGCCUCGUACAACUGUCAACACGAGUGUGGAUAGCAGAGGCACGGAAGACACAAGAGAUUAUCACCACUGUGACGCAACAUAUGGAUAAGUGCUUUCCGUCCGAUGAAUACACAAAUCGUGCAACAUGGAGAAUUUACUUACCACACGCCCUUGGAAUUUUGUCGAGAGAGGAAAAUAAAGAUUUAAGUGAGAGGUAUAGCUUACAUUCCAAGGUUGGAGAAUGUAUUCUAGCAGAUGGUCGAGUAAAAGAAGCUGUCGCUGCUUUCAAAGAGGUAUGCGUAUGGAAGGAAGCCAGCUAUGAUGAAGAACAUCCCUCUCGACUGAUGUCCGAAUACAUUCUCGCAAGUGCAUAUCGAUCCAACGGACAGAAUAAGAAAUCUAUAGAGCUGCUUGAGCAUGUGGUUGCAGUUGAAAGGAUACUUGAUAAAGAAGAUCCUAGUCGACUAGCAUCUCAGCAUGAACUGGCAAGGGCAUAUCAAUCAAAUGGGCAGACUAAACAGGCCGUGGAGCUAAUUAAGCAUGUGGUUACAAUCUUUGAGAGAACGCUUGAUGAAGGACAUCCUGAUCUACUAAGGUCUCAACAUACACUCGCAGUGGCAUAUCGAUUCAAUGGACAGAUCAAGCAGGCCGUGGAGAUACUUGAGCAUGUGGUCGCAGUACGCGAGAGAACACUUGACGAAGAACAUCCUGAUCGACUAGUGUCUCAGUAUGAGCUCGCAGUGGCAUAUAGAUUCAAUGGGCAGAUCAAGCAGGCCGUGGAGAUACUUGAGCAUGUGGUCGCAGUACGCGAGAGAACACUUGACGAAGAACAUCCUGAUCGACUAGCGUCUCAGUUUGAGCUCGCAGUGGCAUAUAGAUUCAAUGGGCAGAUCAAGCAGGCUGUGGAGAUAUCUGAGCAUGUGCUUGCAGUAAGCGAGAGAACACUUGACGAAGAACAUCCUAGUCGACUAGCGUCUCAGCAUGAGCUCGCAGUGGCAUAUCAAUUUAAUGGACAGAUCAAGCAGGCCGUGGAGCUACUUGAGCAUGUGGUUACAAUACGCGAGAGAACACUUGACGAAGAACAUCCUGAUCGACUAGCGUCUCAGUAUGAGCUCGCAGGGGCAUAUAGAUUCAAUGGGCAGAUCAAGAAGGCUGUGGAGAUAUCUGAGCAUGUGCUUGCAGUAAGCGAGAGAACACUUGACGAAGAACAUCCUAAUCGACUAGCGUCUCAGUUUGAGCUUGCAAUGUCAUAUCAAUCUAACGGACAGACCAAGCAGGCCGUGGAGCUACUUGAGCUUGUGGUCGCAGUUGAAGAGAUAACGCUUGAUGAAGAGCAUCCUAAGCGAAUAUUGGCUCAGAAGGCACUGAAAGACGCGAAGAAGCGGUUGAUUGAUGUCGAGAACACGGAGAACAGGUUAUCUUGA